AGCAUAAUUGUUCCAUUCUGAGGAAAUAGGUGGUGUUAACCCUUAAUCUUAGAACUGAGGCCACUUAUUCUAAUCAGUCUUAUGGAAAAAUCACAGGCAGGCAUCAUGCAUGUCUAUUGCUGCUACAAACCACAAUCCCUCCCUCUAGACAUCACUAGGGGAGCAUGUGCUCAGGCCCGGAGAAUGGACAAAUGUGAUCGUCUAGUGUGAUUAGUAGAUAAACUUUGCCUUUGUUACCUCCUGCCCCUAGCAAAUUUUCUCAUCUGAUAAUGAGGAAAAGGUCAUUAGUCUUAUUUGCCAUAUCUAAAAAUGAAAGCUGUCAUGGAAAGAAAUCUACUCAAAACAAAAGCCCCCUCAGUUUUUCUGACUUGUUUUAUUUCAAUUAUAAGCUUCUGACCUUUCUUUAUACCUCUAAGCAUCACAAGGAGAUCAGCAUAGAAGAAAUCAUGUGCUGGCCAAAUACUUACUUAAGGGCCAAAAAAAAACUCACUGAAGCAAAAAGGGGAUUAGCAAAGGCUGGUGGGGAAGAAAGCCAGCCUAACUCAAAGCUUGGUUAACACAUGAGAGAUUAGUAAGCAGUCAGAAACACAAAACAAAUUAAUAGCUGUUACAUCAAUGAAAGAACAAGUUAAAGGUGCAGGAGACACGGAACAGAGAAGGACCUGAGACAAGCUUGAUUUUAUUCAGGUAUUUAAGCUUCAUCAGAGGAGAAAACAAGGUAAGAGUUUUGAGGUUGCAUUCAUAAAGAAUUUUCUUCUCCAGAAUUUUCUAGCUUCUUGCCUAGACAAUGACAAUUAGAGGACAUCUCUUUUGGCUACUUUGGCCAGUGCUGCUCCUUCACCAGGGUUAUGCACAGUUCCCAAGGCAAUGUGCUACCCUAGAUGCAUUGAGAAGUGGUGAAUGUUGUCCAGACCUGAAUCCAGGACCAGAGCCAGGAACAGACAGCUGUGGCUCAUCAACUGGACGGGGCAGGUGUGAUGCAGUUACUGCUGAUACCCGGCCCCAUGGGCCCCAGUACCCACACGAUGGCAGAGAUGAUCGGGAAGCUUGGCCCACUAAGUUCUUCAACAGGACCUGCCACUGCAAUGGUAAUUUCUCAGGCUACAAUUGUGGGACUUGCAAACCUGGAUGGAGAGGAUCAGCCUGUGACCAACGGGUCCUUACAGUUAGGAGAAACCUUCUAGACCUGAGUAAAGAGGAAAAAGAUUACUUCAUCCGUGCCCUCAACAUGGCAAAGAGCACUACUCAUCCCCAUUUGGUCAUAGCCACUAGGAGAUCAGAAGAACUACUGGGGACGGAUGGCAAUACAUCACAGUUUGAAAAUAUUUCCAUUUAUAACUAUUUUGUGUGGUCCCACUAUUACUCAGUCAAAAAGACUUUCCUUGGGGAAGGGCAGGAGAGCUUUGGAGCUGUGGAUUUUUCACAUGAAGGUCCAGCAUUUCUCACCUGGCAUAGGUACCACCUACUGCAAUUGGAAAAAGACAUACAGGAGAUGCUACAGGAUCCCAAUUUUGCCCUUCCAUACUGGAACUUUGCUACUGGAAAAAACACGUGUGAUAUCUGCACAGAUGACUUGAUGGGUUCAAGAAGUAACUUUGAUUUUUCUCUGAUAAGUCCGAAUUCUGUCUUUUCCCAAUGGCGAGUUUUGUGUGAAUCUGUGCAAGAUUAUGAUACCCUGGGAACCAUUUGUAACAGCACAGAAGGAGGACCUAUUCGAAGAAACCCUGCUGGAAAUGUAGCCAGGCCCAUGGUGCAACGUCUCCCCGCACCACAGGAUGUCGCUCAGUGCUUGGAAGUUGGUUUAUUCGAUACUCCUCCCUUUUAUUCCAAUUCAACAAAUAGUUUCCGAAACACAGUGGAAGGUUACAGUGAUCCUACUGGGAGAUAUGACCCUGCAGUUCGAAGCCUUCAUAAUUUGGCUCAUCUGUUUCUGAAUGGAACAGGAGGACAGACCCAUUUGUCUCCCAAUGAUCCUAUUUUUGUCCUUCUACACACUUUCACUGAUGCAGUUUUUGAUGAAUGGCUGAGGAGAUAUAAUCCUGAUAUAUCAAUAUUUCCAUUGGAGAAUGCCCCUAUUGGACACAAUAGGCAAUAUAAUAUGGUGCCAUUUUGGCCUCCGGUAACCAAUACUGAAAUGUUUGUUACUGCUCCAGAUAAUCUGGGAUAUGCUUAUGAAGUUCAAUGGCCAAGUCAGGCCUUCAGUGUUACUGAGAUCAUUACUAUCACAGUAGUGGCUGCUCUAAUACUGGUGGCAAUUGUUUUUGUUGUCACCACUUGUUUUAUCCGGGCAAGAAGAAACAAAGAUGAAUCCAAUCAACCUCUCCUCAGUGAUCAAUAUCAACGUUAUGCAGAAGAAUAUGAAAAACUGUCAAAUCCUAGUCAGUCUAUGGUAUAAAUAAAGAUAAAAGCAUACCAUAUUCCAGUUUUCAACAGCAUCAUAUGAGUCUUUAGACCUUGUUUGUUUCAAUGAUCAAUUAAGUCAAUAAUGUUUUUUUCACUGCUGUCUUAUAUACACAUGUGAUUAUGGUUAUCAAGUCCAUCAUAAACAAUUGCCUUUAGUGAAGAAGAGCCACUGCAAAACUUGUAAUUUAGUGUUUUGUUUAUAAAGUAAGGAGAUUUUAAGAGGCCAUCUUUAAAGGCUCAUAAGUUCAAACUCUAGAAAAUAUGGGAUGGAAUGAGUUCUAAACUUGGAACCAGGUAGAAGCCAAAUUUGUUCUUUCUGUGCAACUUAUGUGAACAUAAAUAUUGUGACUUAGCCUCUCUCAGUCUCAUCCUCCUACUGGCAAAAUGAUGGAACUAGUGCUUUUAGUACUUACCUCACAAGGUGUUGUAAGGCUUAAAUGAAAUAAUGUAUAUAAAGUCCACUUUGAAAUGACAUACAUAAAUACUAUUGUUAGAUAUAACAUUUUAUACAUAUUUUCUUAUUUCAGUAAUAUCUUGCUGCUGCAUCAGUAAGAUUAUAUAGCUAAUAAAGUAUGACAUUGUGGAGGAUGAUUAUGUGUCGCUGACAAUAUUCUGGACCACAUUUUUUUUUUCAGUAUACAAACAUACUGAUUUAAGGUGCCUCGUGAAUAUGAAUUUCCACAACACUAUUAAGACAUCAUAAUUCACUAAAGGAAGUUAAUGGCUACAAGGCAGAAGACCUUAGGCUAAUAAUAACAAUAGACAAAUGUGCUUAAAGUUCAGUGAAAAGUAUACCCAAGAACCUAAUGAAUGUUCUUAUUAAUUUGUUUUUCAUAUUGGGAUUUUAACUUGAACAUGACCUUAAGUCUGGCAUCUAUAAGAUGUUAGCACUUAUACUGAUGAUUGUGACUAAAAUGAUUUUAGUCAUUUUUGCCACAAUGGGAGUACAUGAGAAACUUCUUAAUUUUCAGUUUCAGUCAGGAUUACCAAAUCUAUCACUAUUUCCAAAAAGAUUUCCUUGCCUUACAUGCUGCCUCAAAGUAGCAUCCAUCACUAAAAGUUCUCUUUUAACUUCACUGGAUUGGUGAAACAGAUUCUUGUAGUUCACAUGUAUCAUAUUACUGACAAUCAUACCUCCAUAUUAUUCAAUUAUUGUUAUUUACAUAGCUUUACCUUGGUUGGUACAUUUGGAUGUUAUUUGAAUAUUAAAUAGUUUAAUAUUGUUUUUCCUCUUUCUACAUCUUUUCUUCAUUCACUUUCACCAGAAAAUCAUUUCCAAAGAAUUACAUGGAAUGACACAAUAACAGUCAUACUAAUUAAGCUGAAAAUAAAAAUUGAAAGUUAAAUAAGAUGAUUAUCCUCAUUUCACCAUAAUCAAGACAAAGAAGCAUGACAUAGAGAGCUGAUCUUGUAAUCAGGAUUUCAGAUCUCAACUUUGCCAUAUACUAGCUUUGCAACAUCAAGCACAACACCAUCUCUACAGAAAUAAUUGAUGGAAUUCCUGUAUUGUGUUCAGGACAAAACAUAACUAAAUAUUAGGAUUGAUUCUGGGCAUAAAAUUUUGGGAGGAUAUUGUUAAGGUAAAGCAU